UGUCUGUCUGUCCGUCCGUCCUUUUGACGAUUUCGGGUCAUUUUUGACCAUUUUCAAAAGCUACAAACUCAAACAGGGUAACACCGAGAGAGCUGAAAUUUGGCUAAGAUGCACUCCAGGCAUGGGUGAUGAAAAUUUAUCAAAAUGCUCCGCAAAAAUCUGAGGGCGUGGUAAUGGUGGUCCCUGGAUUUUGACAGUUUGCCAUGACACAGGAAAUACAGUGUAACUGCACUGUACAUGCUUUAGUCUCCCUCAAACUUUACAUGUAUGAUCAGAAUUCUGCCUUCCUCACAUCCAUAUGCUCAUAUACACUCUCAGUCAUAGCGUCACCUGGUGUAGCGAAGGAAGUGCUCUGCAACUCGCCUGUACAUGCUCUGAUCUGCCUGAAACUUUACAUGUGUGAUCAGAGUCCUGAUCACAUCCAUAGACCAAAAUACAUUCUCGGUCGCAGCACCACCUGCUGGUUGGACAGGAAAUGCUCUAUAACUAGCCUGUACAUGCUCUGAUCUGCCUGAAACUUUACAUGUGUGAUCAAAGUCCAGUCCUGAUCCCAUCCAUAGACCGACAUACACUCUCGAUCGCAGCGCCACCUGGUGGACAUGCAUAGAUUCGCCGACCAGCAAGGAUGCGAGGACCCGUCCAUCGCUGCUUGCAGCUUUAAUCCAAUAUUGUUGUGUCAAAUUAGAAUUAUUGCUGCAAAGUCACACCCUUUUAACACCUGUCAUCUCUUAAUUGUAGUCUUGUCGUGUUAAUUAUUUCCUUUUAUUGUUUCUCCCAGGCAUUGUACAUUUCUAUAAAUAGAAAUGGGUGAGAAAAACUGGAUUGAAAUUUCACCUGUUAUUGCUUUAAGACUAACCUCUGAAUGUCCACCAAGAAGAAGAGAUCUCACUCUGCCUCUUUUUCUGCAAACUUUACAGUGUAAAAAUGUCUUUUACUUUGUUCCAGGAUCACAAUACCAACACAGAAAAGGAGGCUUUUCAACACAGAGCAGAUGCUUCUAACCUCGCCUUGUAGCUGUUAUGCUAUUAAGAAAUGCAUAAGAUCAGCAGGAGGAAAGAGCUUGGUCAUCCUGUCUCGCUCUGCACACAGACGAUCUCUGGCGUUUUGUCACCUGAUACCAUAGCAACCAGCAGAUGUCGGUGUCACCAAAGAGAAGAAGCCACUGCAGCUUCCAGUGUUUCCAUGGCAAUUCGGACGCAGCUGCUCGCUCAGCCCAAGCCAAACCGACUCAAAUAUCCAGACCGUCGAUCUGUUUACUGGCUGGAUGAGCUGCCACCACAGAAGAGUGGAUCCACCACCAGAAUCGAGUUAACCCCUCGCUGGUCGGACUUGUGUAGAAGCGAGAAAUUCUACACUCAAGACAUGGUGUCCCCCAUAUGGGAGGUGAGUGAAUGGGCUCUCCGGGCCGUUCCAUCCGAGCGGUUGUGUCGUCUGGCUCGAUCUCGGGCCCCUGCAGCUGGCUGGCAGCCAGAUCACUCACUUCCGCUGCCGUUGAGCAGAGGGACGCUGACGGCAGUCGCCACUUCAAGGAUUUGCCAGCUUGCACAGCCAAAGAAAAAGCAAAUUCUUGAGAGAUCCAGCUCCAAAUCUAAACCUGUGCCCAUCAACCACCUGCCCUCCAGAGCAUCCGCACACAUUGAACUACUUGCAACCCCGAAGCACGACCACCCCAAGUUUAAAGGAGAGCGAUCAGUGUGCUGGCCGGUUUCCAAAGCAGCAAGAAGCUACGUAGCCAGCCAGAGACUUCUCGAUCUGUCCAGUCCCAAGGAGAGGAAGGCUCUGUUUGAGGGGUAUGACCCGUACGUUGUUAGCCGGGCCGCUUGCUCUGCCAGACCCUCUCCUCGGAUACAGGAGCUCUGCCUGCCGCUGCCUCGCAAAUGUAGCUCAAAGUAGAACGAAUGACACCAGAAGCAUCUGUCCCCCUUGAAGUGUUGCUUGUUCUCAUUUUCCCCAACAGAGAGGGUCCUGAUAAGGUUUUUCUAUGUGCAUUUAUGACACACACCUGUUUUUUGCUUCACUCAUGGGUAACAGUGCAGCAGCAUCCUACUGUUUAUGACCGUCAAUGAAGAAAAAAAGAAAAAGAAAAACCUGUAAAGAAUGGGAACAAUCUGGCAGCAAGGUAUGUUUUAAAAAACCAUUGGAAUACUGUGACAUGGAAAUCUGGUAACCAGUAUUUCUGUCCUAGUAGGCAACAGAAAAAGAAAGGUGGCUAUGUCAAGACACAGAAAGAAAAGCUUUUAAAUAUAUUACAUAUUAUUUGUGAACCACAAACAUCUUCCGCUCACAUGGCAGGCAAAACUCCUCAAACAUUAAAGAUGGCUCUAUUAAACAUUAGAUCUUUAGCUGGGAAGACAUUUUUAAUUAAUGAUUUUAUUAUUGAGCACAAUCUUGAUUUUAUGUUUUAAUUGAAAUUUGGUUAGACCAAAAUAACAGUACAGCUGUUCUCAUCGAGUCGACCCCUCCCAACUUCAGUUUUAUCAGUGAGGCCAGGGUGCACAAGAGAGGGGGCGGUGUUGCAAUUUUAUUCAAAGAAUCUUUUCAAUAUCAGCAGUUAUCCUUUGAACAUUUCUCCCUGUUUGAGUACAUAGCCCUUCAACUGAAGUCCUCAUCUCGAGUUGUGCUACUUAAUGUUUACAGGCCUCCUAAAUACUGUGCAAACUUUUUUUAAUGAUUUUAGUGAACUGCUGUCUAUGAUCUGCAUUGAUUUUGACUGUAAUUAUUGCUGGCGACUUUAACAUCCAUAUUGACAAUCCUCAGGGCAGAGGGACUAUAGAUCUGUGCAGUGGCGUAUCCAGGACUUUUUUGCCGGGGUGGCCUUGAUGGGACACAAAGCUAGUGUGGGGUGGCUAUAGCAUAGCGGAGUUUAAUGUCAUGUAUGCAGCCGACCACAGUUCAAAUCCCAGUACUUUGCUGCAUGUGACAUCCCCUCUUUCUACCAUGAUUUCCUGUCUCAUAAGUGUUGAAUAAAGGUGUCUAUUCUGGUUUA